AUGAUAGAUUAUAUACCAGAAAUAGAUGAAGCCUAUUUAGAUGAUUAUUACAUCCAGAAGGUGGAAAACCUUAUAUCUCAUGAAAUAAACAACAAUAGUCCCCAAGACAGUUCAGUGUUGCAUCCCAUGCUCCAGUCUAACUAUCCAGAAAUACCAUUAUCUAAACAAGUGUCUGAUUAUUUUGUCCAAAAUAUGAAAGUGAUUGAUAAACUAAAUGAUAAACAACCUACAUAUUCCACUAUUAAUGACAAUUAUUAUAACAAGAAAAGGAAACUAAAUAAUGAUUUUAAUAUGUCAAAAUCAAACACAGAACUGUCCCUAGACGAUCCUGUAACUUUCAGUUAUUUAAAACAUCAAGAACUUAACCUAACACAAUUAAUUGAAAAGCAUUUAUUUAGAAACGCACUACUUAUUACUCAUGAACUCUAUAAAUCACAAAAAAAUAUGGAAAAUUAUGAAAUUGAAAAUUUACAACAAAAUAUCUCAACUUUGGCAAAUUACAAAAAAAAAUGGGCUGCGCCAAACAUCAAGACUAUCAAAGAUUCAGAACAAAGAUGGAAAGAUAAGCUUAUUUCGAAUAUUUACAGUGAUGAACAAUAA